UCUCCCAAUUUGUUUGUUCUAAAAACUGAAAUGGGUAUUGCUUAAUUUCCUUGAUUUGGGUUGUGAAAGUCAGUGAACUGUCAGCUGAAAAUUGGAGUUCCCAAAUACCAUCUUUUCACAACAAGGGAGAUGAAAUCUGGUUGAUUUCUUAAUUUUUUGAGUUGGUUCUGGGACGGUUUUGAUUUUUGGAUUCUGGAAGGGUUGAUAAUGAUGGGUCAACUAAUUUUCUUCUAGUGGAGUGUUUGGCUGGUUCUGCUUGGCUAUUUGCUGUCUGAGGGUUAACAAAAGUGUCUGAUCUACUACUCUGAUUUAGAUAUUACUAAUGCAUCUAUUAUGUACGGCUUUUCUUUGUUUUAAGCUUCAAAUGGGAUUUGAAAUCUGGAGGCUUUAAGUUCCAGAACAUACCGCGUGCGGAAUUUAUUGUGUUCUCUCUUGUGUGACACCACAGAGAAGCCUGAUGGGUUCCAGAUUCCCAUCUCAUCAGCUUAGCAAUGGUCUUUAUGUAUCAGGCCGGCCUGAACAGCCAAAAGAAAGGACUCCAACCAUGAGCUCAACAGCCGUGCCUUACACUGGUGGAGAUAUCAAGAGGUCGGGAGAGCUUGGGAAAAUGUUCGAUAUCCCUGUAGAUGGCUCAAAGUCGAGGAAAUCUGGACCUAUACCCAAUGCCCCUUCGAGGACUGGAUCUUUUGCAGGUUCAGCCUCGCAUUCAGGACCAAUCAUGGCUAAUGCUGCAGUUAGAGCUAGCUAUUCCACAUCAGGUCCUGUAUCAUCUGCUGGGAUUCCUGGUUCAGCUUCAGUAAAGAAGUCAAAUUCCGGUCCGCUGAAUAAACAUGGGGAACCAAUAAAGAAGUCAUCUGGCCCUCAAUCGGGUGGAGUGACACCAAUUACCCGCCAAAACUCAGGCCCUCUACCACCAGUUCUCCCUGCAACAGGUCUCAUUACAUCUGGUCCCAUCUCUUCUGGCCCAUUAAAUUCCUCGGGGGCUCCACGGAAAGUUUCUGGUCCUUUGGAUUCAAUGGGGUCUGUGAAACUACAUGGAUCCUCUGUUACACACAACCAGGCUGUCACAUCUCUCAACCAGGAUGAUGAUUUUUCCUUUAAGAGGAACUUACCAAAGCCAAUCUUGUGGUCAAUGAUUCUGCUAUUUGUGAUGGGGUUCAUUGCUGGUGGUUUCAUUCUUGGGGCAGUCCACAAUGCUAUUCUCCUCAUUGUUGUUGUGGUUCUAUUUGGCAUUCUUGCUGCAUUAUUCACUUGGAAUACUUUUUGGGGAAGAAGAGCUAUCAUAGGUUUUAUUGCUCAUUAUCCGGAUGCCGAGCUUAGAACAGCAAAAGAUGGGCAAUAUGUGAAGGUUUCUGGGGUGGUGACAUGUGGAAAUGUACCCCUUGAGUCAUCCUUCCAAAAAAUUCCUAGAUGUGUCUAUACAUCUACAAGCUUGUACGAGUAUCGAGGAUGGGAUUCAAAAGCUGCCAACCCUACGCAUCGUCGUUUUACAUGGGGGCUUAGGUCAUCAGAAAGUCAUGCAGUUGAUUUCUACAUCUCUGAUUUCCAGUCUGGAUUGAGAGCAUUGGUUAAGACAGGAUAUGGCGCAAGGGUGACUCCUUAUGUGGACGAAUCUGUUGUUGUUGAUGUCAACCCUUUGAAUAAAGAUUUAGCUCCAGAAUUUAUCAGGUGGUUGGGAGAGAGGAACCUUUCCAGUGAUGACCGUGUGAUGCAACUGAAAGAAGGGUACAUCAAAGAAGGAAGCACGGUUAGUGUAAUGGGAGUCGUCCAAAGGAAUGAAAAUGUGCUUAUGAUUGUCCCUCCAUCAGAGCCAUUUACCGCAGGAUGCCAGUGGGCUAAAUUAAUCCUUCCUGCUAGCCUUGAGGGUAUUGUUUUGAGAUGUGAGGAUGCAUCAAAGAUUGAUGUCAUACCAGUGUAAUAGCAUGCGUGUGCAUCAUCAACCCUUUUAGGAACUGUUUUUUGAAAAUUACUUAGCUAUCUCCUUUUCUGGAUGCUGCUGCUGGUGGUAAUGGCAAUGAUGGGUGGCAAUUAAUGUGUUUCAUAUUUACUUCUGUAAAUAGUUAUUAGGGUUUUUUUUUUUUAAUUAUUCUUAUAGCUUGAAAGGUUUUGUAAGGAAUGGGUUGAUAUUGUGCAGUGGGGAUAUUUACAUGUGGUUUGAACAGAUUAUGAUUGUGUAAAAAGUGGGGAAAAAAAAAUGGCGAUUGAGUAUUGUGUUUGAUUUAGAACUGAGUUUUGGGUCUUUUCAAAUGCAGACUGUCACAUAAGAGCAUUUGACAAUGUCAUUAUGAUAGUCAUCAGAUUUGGAUUUCA